UUUUCCUCCUGGUGGCCACCACUGGGCUUUCCUUGGGGUCCCCACGCCCUCCCACUCACGGCCCACACCUCCCCGAGGCCACGCCCCCUCGCGGUCCACACUUGCCCAGCCAGCCAGCAUCGCCUUCUUCCCCGGGCCACGCCCCCCGAGACUCCGCCCCCUUCACCCCAGCCAUCCCUCCUCCCUCCCCCAACCCGCGUGUGACCUGCUGGGGCUUCCGGACGCGAAGCGCGCUCAACAGAUGAUUGUCGGUGCAGUCGGCUCUGUGCUGACCUCGCUCCUCCGCCUUCCCCGGCCUGCAGCCGUCGCCGCCAUGAGCACUGGCACCUUCGUCGUGUCGCAGCCGCUCAACUACCGCGGCGGGGCCCGUGUGGAGCCGGUGGAUGCCUCCGGCACGGAGAAAGCCUUCGAGCCAGCCACCGGCCGAGUGAUAGCCACUUUCGCGUGUUCAGGAGAAAAGGAAGUAAAUUUGGCCAUUGAAAAUGCAAAGGCUGCCUUUAAAAUCUGGCGUAAGAAGAGUGGCCUGGAGCGCGGUCAAGUCCUCUUAGAGGCUGCCCGGAUAAUAAGGGAGCGAAAGGAUGAAAUUGCCACCGUGGAGACCAUCAACAAUGGGAAGUCCAUAUUCGAGGCCCGCCUGGAUGUUGACACUUGCUGGCAGUGCCUGGACUACUAUGCAGGGCUGGCUGCAUCCAUGGCAGGAGAGCACAUCCAGCUCCCAGGAGGGUCCUUCGGCUACACCCGAAGAGAACCACUUGGGGUGUGUGUGGGAAUAGGAGCAUGGAACUACCCGUUCCAGAUCGCCUGUUGGAAGUCGGCUCCGGCUUUGGCCUGUGGUAAUGCCAUGAUCUUCAAGCCUUCUCCCUUCACGCCCGUGUCUGCUCUGCUCCUGGCUGAGAUCUACACCAAAGCCGGUGUGCCUCCUGGGCUCUUCAACGUGGUGCAAGGUGGGGCUGCCACAGGCCAGUUUUUGUGUCAGCAUCGUGACGUGGCCAAAAUCUCCUUCACUGGAAGUGUGCCCACUGGCAUGAAGAUCAUGGAGAUGUCCGCUAAAGGAGUCAAGCCCAUUACUUUGGAACUUGGGGGCAAAUCUCCUCUCAUCAUCUUCUCAGACUGUAAUCUGGAGAAUGCUGUGAAGGGGGCCCUGAUGGCCAACUUCCUCACACAAGGACAGGUCUGCUGUAAUGGCACUCGAGUCUUUGUGCAAAAGGACAUUGCUGAUGAAUUUACAAAAGAGGUCGUGAAGCAGACUCAGAAGAUAAAACUUGGAGACCCACUUCUGGAAGAUACAAGGAUGGGCCCGCUCAUCAAUGCCCCGCAUCUGGAACGAGUCCUCGGGUUUGUCAAGUCAGCCAAGGAGCAGGGUGCUACUGUGCUGUGUGGUGGAGAGCCAUAUGUACCGGAGGACCCCAAAUUAAAACAAGGAUAUUACAUGACACCUUGCAUUUUAACUAAUUGCAGAGAUGACAUGACUUGUGUAAAAGAAGAGAUCUUUGGACCAGUUAUGUCCAUUUUGACAUUUGAAACUGAAGCUGAGGUUCUGGAGCGGGCCAACGACACCACUUAUGGACUAGCAGCUGGGGUCUUCACCAGGGACAUCCAGAGGGCGCACAGGGUGGCGGCUGAGCUGCAGGCCGGAACGUGCUACAUUAACAACUAUAACGUCAGCCCUGUGGAGUUGCCUUUUGGUGGCUACAAGAAGUCAGGAUUUGGCAGAGAGAAUGGCCGUGUGACGAUUGAGUACUAUUCACAGCUGAAGACGGUGUGUGUGGAGAUGGGCGACGUGGAGUCGGCCUUUUGAAACCCAGUGACGCCUGCUCACGUAGCCGAGCUGUGGAAUGAGUUGACUGCCCUGACAGGCCGUGUAACUGAAUAGCUUCUUACAUCCCGGCUUUGGGUCAUUAGUGUGAUAAUGGGUCAGUAUUGUCAUAUAGUCUGUCAUACAGUCACCUUCCCAAUAGAAAAUGUGCACAAGUGCCUUUCAGAUGGUAGCCAGGGAACCUGCUGUUCUGGCAAGUCCCUGAGAGAUGUGUAGACUCCAGCAGCGCACUGUUCAGACAGGAGCAGGCCACAGCUCUGCUCAUACACAUGUGUCCCACCCACAAUGGCAGCUUUCUAGUUUGCUUUAAAGAAGGUGUUCCUCCUGGGUUCCUGGUGAAUCAGUAGAUAUAUGUUCUUUGUUCAUUGACAACCAAAAACCAAAUUCUUAAAAGCUUUUAUUUGGAGCUGGGCAGUAGUGGUGUGUGCCUUUAAUCCCAGCAUUCUGGAGGCAGAGGCUGGUGGAUAUCUGAGUUCGAGGACAGCCUGGCCUAUGAGUGAGUUCCAGGACAGCCAGGACUACACAGAGAAACCCUGUCUUGAAAAAAAAACAAAACAAAAAUAAAUAAAUAAUAAAAUGUAAAAAGCUGUUAUUCAGACAUAUUAAAGUCUUAAUACUUGUGGGAAAUGUGGCUCAUUGGCAUUCAAAAAACUCUGUUCUUCUUGACUAGCAAAAGAGCUCAGUGGUAAGGUCUUAGCACAUAAGCCCAAUGACCUCCAUUUUAUCUCCAGAACUCAGAUCAAGGUGAUAGCCCCUCCCCCAUAUCCUAUAACACACAAUAAUAAAAUCUUUCUCAAGCA